AUGGAACUCUUUGAAUUCCUGUCAUCAAAAGUUGCGGAUUGCAGCAUCUCUCCUGAGUGUUCGGUACAUAUCACAGCUGGAGAGCAUGUUACAUGUGUUGGAAGGCUGAUCGAAAUGUCCAGCUGUAAUCAUGAAGAAGCAGACACUAGGAUUGUUGUUCACGUGAAGCAUGCUUUGGAGAAUGGAGCAAAAUCCAUCCAGGUGCGAACUGUGGACACAGACGUCGUUGUUGCUCUUACCGGUGUGUUUCAUGACCUCUCUCAGAUAAAUGCUGAUCUUGAUCUUUGGGUAGCAUUUGGUACUGGAAAGAACUACACACACUCAUUACAGCAUCAACGCCAUUUGUGGCCAUCUUGGUGAACGUAAAUCACGUUCCCUGCUCGUUUUCCACUCCUUGUCAGGAUGUGAUACUACAUCAGCGUUUGGAGGGAAAGGGAAAAAAUCGUUCUGGCAGUCAUGGAAUGCUUAUGAGGAAGUUACUGACGCCUUUGUUCAUCUUGCCAUUUCACAUCCGUUUGAGCAUCUUGAUUUACAUUCUGAAUCAUUUCAAAGAAUCGAGAGACUAGUUGUCGUGGUUUAUGACAAAACAAGUAACGCCAAGAAUGUUUGCAGUGCCCGGAUGGAGCUGUUCAGCCAGAAAAGCCAAGCUGUUGACAAGAUACCUCCUACUCAGAAUGCACUACUCCAGCACAUUUGGAGGGCAGUAUACCAGGCUGGCAUCUCGAGAACAUGCAUGUUAUCUCAACAAACGAAUCCAUGUUCAACCGCAUAUGCGUGG